AUGUCUGACACGUUGGCGAGCAUGGACAUGGUGGUUUCAGAAGACCUUGGGUUUUGUGUUGGUGAUGUAAAACGUGAGCCAAGACGGCUACAGAAAGAUCGAACCAGCUGGAUCUACAUUCGUUGCUACAAGACAAAGAAGAGUAACGCACAACAGGUUGUGAUGCCACAAUCAAAAGCCCCCUGCUUUAUCCCCCAACCUCCUGAGUUUUUAGCGCGGUACAGUCUUCAAAAUUAUCAGGCAAGUGGGAGCACUGAACAUGAGCUUACACAACCGAGUUUUAUUGUCCGGGCGGGUCGCCUAAACCUUAGCCAUAAUGGCUUCCAAGCCACGCACGACUUGGACAUGGGUAUGAAGGAGAUCAACGGCCAGAGAGGUAACUAA